AGAAUCCCCCUCAACGACGAUGCGCAAGAAAAGGGCCAGCGAAUGAACAAUCGAAAAGCUCUUCAGGAAAAGCAGAUAAAGGAGAUCAAGAGGGCGGCCACCCCGCGCAACAGCCUGAGAAUCGAGGACUUUGAGAAUGCUUCACAAACCCCCUAUCCCGGCACGCCCCGGGGGACAAGAGUGCUGGACGACGAUGACCCCAUCAUGGUUGGAGGUGUUUCCGUGACGCCGAUGAAGCGCGUCCCAAUCCUGGCCAACUUCGAAGAGUGGAUGAAGAUGGCCACCGACAACAAGAUCAAUGCCACCAACUCAUGGAACUUUGCCCUCAUCGACUACUUUCACGACAUGUCCUUGCUCAAGGAGGGCGAUGGCGUCAACUUCCAGAAGGCUAGCUGCACGCUUGAUGGCUGUGUCAAGAUUUACACCAAUCGAAUCGAUAGUGUCGCAACCGAGACCGGCAAGCUGCUGAGUGGUCUAGCAGAUAGCAAUAGUAAAAAGAAGGACCGCGACGCCGAAGACGGCGCCGGCGAAGGCGAAGAGAGCGAGGAAGAGGUUGAUGAGGAUGGCAAUAUUAAGAAAAAGACGAGGAAGAAGGUACAGAGGUCAUCCGAAGCAACACUAGCCCCAUCGUUCGCCUCACUGCAACUCAAGAAAUUUGAGCUUGAAUUCGCCGUCGAUCCCCUUUUCAAGAAAGCCUCGGCCGAUUUCGACGAGGGAGGCGCCAAAGGUCUACUGCUUAAUCACCUAAUGAUUGACUCGCAAGGCCGCAUUGUCUUCGACAGUAGCGAUGAUGCCGGUGAUGCAGAUGAAAAGAAGAAAGAGCGCCAGGAGGACGAGGACGAGGGGGAUAUAACUAUGGACGGCGGCGACGAACACGACGAACGCAGCCAUCUAGAGAAAAAACAGGAUAAGACCCAAGAGGAUGAUGAUACCAACGUGGAGAUUGACGUUGCGGCCCUCGGCCAGCGGUUCUUUCCCGACCUCGGCCUUCUAGAUGAGCUUGAUAUUUGCCCAUCUCUGAAGAGCUUUGAGCUAGGAGACCCCUCCGGCUCCAUGGACAUUCCCUUCCUCAAGGCCCCAGAAGACUGGAGACAAGACCAGGAGCAUAAGAGCUCCGGCGCCCAUGGCGAUAAAUCCGGCAUUUUCAUUGAUGACGAUGCACCAGCCGGGUUUGACGACGAUGACCUGGGCCUUGGCAACUUUGAUACCCUUGGAGAUGUUGCUUUCGGUGAGGGUGGUGAGGCCUGGGCCAAGGAGGCUGCUCUCGAACCUCAAAUGCGUGUAUACGACGCUGGUCUAGAUGGCGGAGAGGGUGGAGAGGGUGGAGAUGGUGAGGGCUUUGAUGAAAACGGCGAGUAUAUCGUAUCCAUGGCCAAACCGGAGAAUGCCGACAAGAUGCAUCAAGAUAUAUUGAGCUUCUUCGACCAAGCGCUACAGAAGAACUGGACCAGUGCCGAGCAUUGGAGGAUUCGCAAGAUCAAAGAUGUCAACAAGCCAGCAGGAGAGACAAAGAAGCGCAAGGAGAAGGAGCCAUUCGAAAUCGACUUUUUGUCGUCUCUCAACCCCAGCCAGUCCGACGUCAUCUACACACAAGCCUCAAGCAACUCGGCUGUCUGCUUGCCCAAAAAGGACUGGAAAUCAAAAUCCCGAAACCUGCUUCCUGACGACAAGCAUUUUAGCUCAAAGGUCUUACUGAAUCUCUUCCUCAAACCCAAGUCUCGCCUAGCUUCUAAGCGGACAGGAUUUGGUGCACGCAGAGGUGGCCAAGGCCACGGCUCUCAGGACAACAACAAUCAGCCAGCAGGAGAGCUUGAUGAGGCCUUUUGGGCACAGCAAAAUGCACCAGAGGAUGCUGCCCUACCAGAAAGCGAUUACGAUGCCAACUUCUUCCAGGACGACGGUCUGCCAUUCCCUGGUGGCGAUGACGCAGAAGACGAUGACCUUGAGUUUUCAGACGCCCGAGAACAUCUAUCGCCAGGAGCUGAGGGAGAUGGGGGCAUGACGGAAGGCGUCGGAAUGACCGCUAUGCUCAACGGGGAGACUAUGAACACGAUGGGCGCCUUCGGCACGACACUCAUAACUCAAACGCGCCGUCUACGUCCUGAAUAUGUUCAGUAUGCCAGGGUUGCAAAGAAGGUCGAUGUACGGCGACUCAAGGAGGAAAUCUGGAAGGGCAUGGGCCUGGAAGAGCUGGAGCCACUGGCAACUCCAAAUGAGCCAAGGCAAUCACCGCCCAGUUCGGAGGAUAAUACUACUCUCAAGUUUACCGAGGUGAUGAACUCUCUGCAAUCGGUAUAUCCAAAGCCCGCCAUGGCCGACAUCUCCACAUCGUUCUGUUUCAUUUGUCUGCUUCAUUUAGCAAACGAAAAGGGCCUUGUGAUUGAAAAUACGGAGGGACUAAAUGAAUUGGACAUUCGAAAGGACUGGACCGCCGAUCUUACAGAA